AUGACAAAUUAUGAAGAUCUUCCGUUGGUUCCUCUCGAUCAGCAUGAACUAAAACGCUAUGUCUUCAACAAUGAAAAGCCUAACGAUAUAGACCAUCAACUAACUGAAGUUAUUACUGAUUUAAUAAAACAACGUGGUUUUAAAGGCUACGAUUCACAAUGUAUUCCUUUAUUACAGACCUGUUUAAUUGAUUUUUAUAAAGAUUUAUUAGUACGUUUUAAACAACAUAUGGAAUCAUUAGAUACUUCUAUUACGAUACAGGAUGUUUUUGAAAGAACAUUAAGCGAUGUGAUGUCAAUCAAUUUACGAGAAUUACAAUAUUACAUGGAAAGAAAACAGUAA